AUGUCUUUGAACGGAAACAGCGGUGCCCCUCCUGUGGGUCAGGAGAACAUCAACCCAGACAUCGUCACUCUCACACGAUUCCUUACAGAAGAGCAGGCCAAGGUACCGGAAGCCACUGGUGAUUUCACACUACUCUGCCACGCUCUCCAGUUCGCCUUCAAGUCCAUUGCCUACUACAUCCGUCGGGCAUCGCUGAUCAACCUCACCGGCCUGGCGGGCUCGUCUAACACCACCGGUGAUGACCAGAAGAAGCUCGACGUGAUCGGCAAUGACAUCUUCAUCUCCGCCAUGCGCGGCUCCGGCAAAUGCCGCAUACUCGUCUCCGAAGAGGAGGAGGAGGUGAUCGUGUUCGACGAGCACCCGAACGCGCGGUACGCCGUGGUUUGCGACCCGAUCGACGGAUCCUCCAACCUGGACGCGGGCGUCUCGGUAGGCACCAUCUUCGGCAUCUUCAAGCUCCCUGACGAGUCCCUCGGCCUCAACAAGAAGGUCACCGCCGACGACCUGCUCCGCCCCGGUACCGAGAUGGUCGCCUCCGGCUUCACCAUGUACGGCGCCUCCGCCCAGCUCGUCAUCACCAUGCAGAACGGCAGCGUCAACGGCUUCACCAUGGAGAACUCCCUCGGCGAGUUCAUCCUCACCCACCCCAACAUGCGCCUCCCCGCCAAGCGCGCCAUCUACUCCGUCAACGAGGGCAACAGCAUGUACUGGGACGACUGGGUCAACGACUACUUCCACUCCCUCAAGUUCCCCGGCGAGGGCCAGAAGCCCUACAGCGCCCGUUACAUCGGCUCCAUGGUCGCCGACGCCUACCGCACCCUACUCUACGGUGGCAUCUUCGCCUACCCCGCCGACAAGAAGAGCACCAAGGGCAAGCUGCGUAUCCUGUACGAGUGCGCCCCCAUGGCCAUGAUCUUCGAGAACGCCGGCGGCCUGGCCAUCAACUCGCGCGCCGAGCGUCUGCUCGAGGUCGUCCCCGAGAACAUCCACGACCGCAGCGGUGUGUUCCUGGGCUCCAAGGAUGAGGUCCAGAAGGUCAUUGAUGCCUGCAACAAGAGCAAGAAGUAG